GGGAGGGAAGAGGCCGCAGAAGCCGAAGCCCUGACCCACCGGCAGGCAGGGGCUGCGGCGGCGCCGGUGAGUGACCCGCGGCCCAACUGGGGUCCCCAUCCUCUGUGCUCCAUCACUCUUCCUGGAGUCCAAAAAAGCCUCGGGGGUCCCCCCUCUUAUCUCGGACCCCCGUUAUCUCCACAACUCCCCUUCUUUCCCGGCAAUCCCAGCACCCUGAUAAUCUCUGCAGACCCUCAGCUUUAAUAUUUUGCUGUCCCAUUUCACCUUUAUUCCUGGACUCUCAGGGACCGUAGAGCAGACACCCACUGCCCUGGGAGCCCCCCAGCGCUCCCCUCUGAUCUGGAUGCCCCCUGUCUGCUGCAUUGCCCAGUUGGCAUCACUUCCAGCAUCGUGCAUGUUCGACCCCCUGGGCAUCCCUGAUACUCUUCGCCUGUCCUGUUGUACUGCGCCCCGUUCUCCUCUAACUCCUGCGGUGGUACCCUUUUCCCUUCCACUUUCGCUCAUUUCCCUCCAUCCUUCCAGACCGUCCGUCCCCCCGGUACCCAUCAACUCGUCCGCGAGGCACUCAGCGGCCGCGUGAAGCACAAGAUGGGCACUGGGCGGGUGUCACCUACGAGGAAGCACCUCUGAUUGCACUCAGCACCGCGCCGCUCCCAUCACCACUUUUGCACAGGGGACCAGAGGAGCCCGUGUCCGGGCGACACGGGGACACCGAGCCACCGCCAGCGCUGUUCGCCCUUUGCCCGCAGAGCCGGCGCCCCCCAUGCGCCAGGCAGCCGAUCGGUGGCGUCUGGGGGCGCCAUGGCCUCGGCGACCGCGGCGGCGGCGCCGGGCGAAGCGGAGGAGACCACCCGACUCCGCAAGCCGCGCUUCUCCUUCGAGGAGAACCAGAUCCUGAUCCGGGAGGUGCGCGCCCACUACCCUCAGCUCUACGGCGCGCAGAGCCGUCGGGUGAGCGUGGCCGAGCGGCGGCGAGUGUGGGACAGUAUCGCCACCAAGAUCAACGGCAUCACCAGCUGGAAGCGCACGGGCCAGGAGGUUCAGAAGCGUUGGAACGACUUCAAGCGCCGCACCAAGGAGAAGCUGGCUCGCGUGCCGCAUUCCACGCAGGGCGCGGGGCCCGCCGCCGAGGACGCCUUCUCCGCGGAGGAGGAGACUAUUUUCGCCAUCCUGGGGCCGGGUGUGGCGGGGCCCGGGGCUGGCGCUGGGGCUGAGGAGUCCCCGGCAGCCGCCUCUUCCCAGCCGCAGGCUUCGACCGCUAGUACACAACGCUAUGUGUUGUCAGAGGACCGCAGGCAGGAUCGACGGGCAGAUACAUCAGCCCAGAGCAAGGGAGGUUCCAGCAGCCCCGAGGCCUGGGCCCGGCCCUCUUGCAAUCCCCAGGAGGCCAAGGAGCGUGAGUCCCCGUCCCCUGCAGCCAUGCAGUCCGUCCAGCUGCCCCGCCUGGCCUUGUCUCCACCGCUCCCCACCCCUCCACCGCCACCCACGGCGCUGGCCCAAGUGGCACCUUCUUCUAGCCCAACUCCUCCUCGGCCCACCUCAGCCCCAGAGCAGUCCCUGGACUUUCUGCGGGCUCAGCAGGAGACUGCCAAUGCUAUCAGGGAGCUGGCUGGCACCCUUCGGCAGGGACUGGCCAAGCUGAGUGAGGCCCUCAGCGCCCUGCUACCCCUUUUGCCGGGAACCCCAGCUGAGCCGCUGCCCCCGCCUCCACCGCCACCGCCUCCGCCGCCACCUCCCAAGCCAGUCCUGCCACCACCGGCUCCCGCUCCCACGGUGGAGCUCGCCCCAGAGCCUGUGUCUGUGGUAGCUGCAGUUGUGGAUGGGGCUGUAGUGGCAGCCAGGGGGGUGAUCAUCUCCCCUAGGAGUGAGGAGGGGGUGCCUAAACCACCACCCCCAGCCCCACCACUGCCCCUCCACGACUCGCCCCCUCACAAAAGGAGGAAAGGGUUCCCUACACGGAAGAGGCGGGGCCGCUGGAAGUCCCCGUGAAAUCUACCCCGCGUCCACGCUCCUGCCUGCAACCCCUCUCCCUGCUUGGCGCAGUCGAGGAGGAAGAUGCUCUUUGCCUAUCCCAGCUGCACCCCAGCUUCCUGCUCUAGGGGAGUGAGCACCCCCACUUCCUGUGCUAGUUAGUGCCUGAUUCUCCGGGUGAGCCCCGGGUGGACCCCCUCAGUCCCUUUCUCUGGUACAGUGGUGUCCACCUGACUGCCUCCUGUGACCCCAACUUCUAAGCCAUCGAUUUUAUGUUACUAUAUUGCCCUUUGUGGGGUGGAAGAGGAGCCUUCUGGCUUGGCGGGCGACGUGCUCCUUUGCCUAAUGGUUGGCUGUUCAUGACUUGAAGAGAAGCAACGUGUGGGGGCCCUCCCUCUCCCCCAGCCCGAACUUCUUUGGGAGGGUUGGAAGUUGCUAGACAAAUCAGAAUGUGGAAGACAGGACUCAGAGGAGGAGGAGGCAGAACCCUGACUGGGGAGGUAUAGGUUGGGUCCUCCGCCUCCCACUGCUGCCAGGUGUGUCUGACCUCCGGAGCUCGCCCCCCACCCCUUUUCUCCUCAGUGCUGACAAGAGGUCAAUAAACUUAUUUUC